AUGUCUGACCACAAAUACGAAUUCCAGGUCGCCAUGUCCUGCGGCGGCUGCUCCGGCGCCGUCACCCGCGUGCUUAACAAACUCGAGGGAGUCAAGGAAUUCGACGUAUCGCUCGAGACAAAGAUCGUCAAGGUUACCACCGAGCCCAGCGUCGACUACGACACCGUGCUCAACAAGAUUGGCAAGACGGGCAAGAAGAUUGAGAGCGGGGCCGAGAUUAUAGACGGGCAGAAGGUGGAGAAGAGCGUUGCUUUGCAGACGGAGGCUUAG